AUGGAUUCAUUAUUCCACCUUCCGCCAGAGCUUUUCCGCCAUAUCAUCGAUAUGAUGGACUUACACGACGAGUUCGUCCUUUCUCAGACAGGUCGUGGCUUGCGGUGCGUCUUCUCUCGCAACUGGGACGAAGCGCUCGCUCAACUCUCCCCCGAGGAUAGGCUUCGAUUUUGGGCAGGAUUAGCAUCUAUUUCUCCUGACCACUGGGCGUGUCCACGAUGCUGCAGACUGCACCGUGUUGAUACGUCGGAUACGCCAAGUACACCGCAGGAUCCUCCUUGUGGUGCUCAACUCUCCCUACGAAGGAUCAGCGAAGGAGGUUAUUCUCUCCGACAGAAUCACAUGCAGACUGCUCUAAAGCUCUCUCGCAUGGGGAACUCGCACCAGGAAUACCUCGCUCGCUUGAUGAGUCCCCAUAGAUUCAGUUUCACCACGGAAUGCGUGUUUCAACCACAAAUUAGAGAGACCUACACGGCGAAGCCCAGGAUUAUCAAUGGCCGGUUCAUCUUGCGGGAAGAGUGGGUUAUUACAGAUGAGAAAAACGUUGCUCGGCCUCUCCUCCAUAACAUCAUCAUCCCAAGUUGCCCACACUUGUGUGUCAUUGGCAAGGGCGUUAUCAACUCCAAAUACUGGAAACGGCGGGGAGGCAGGUUGGCUCGGCAGGCCAACCCCAAUGCCAGAGAGAUUAUUCUCCUUGAGGAAGCCAUAGAAAACGCCAUAAGAUACAGGGGGGUCAGCAUCAUCUGCUCUUGUCCACGGUGCCCGACAGACUAUGAAGUCUGUGUCUCCGAGAGUGGGAGGAUGGCGACGAUUCGGGCCUGGCACGACUUUGGCGGAGAGGGUACGCCCAUGGACACUGGUUUGAACUUGCAUGUCCGGAAUGCUGGUGUGUCAGAUUGGAUUGACCAAGGGCCGCGGUCGGGUCAUGUUCCGGGCAGCAUUGAGAGGUUGUGGUUGGAUACCCAUCGUUGA